GAGCGCGCAUCUUUUUCCAGAGACCCGAGGACCGAAGUAUCGUGCCGCGCAGAGGAGACACUUCUUUUCGGGAGACGGAGGCGAUGGAACUACGCGGAACAACCGUGCCCUGAUUUCGUUCACACAAUAUAUUGUGCUCGGGUAUUUAGUGGUCUGAAGGAAGCAUGCAGAGUCCGUAGUCCGCUAUCUAGACGUAUCUGUGUAGAACAGGGGGGCUCAGAAGUCAGGACACUCCUCCCGAGUUAACGCCGUUUAUGCCGGGGCAGCGAGUUUAAUCUCUGCGGGAAGCGAGACAGUCCCAACAACUUUGUGCAAGAUGCAGGGAGUCUCGGCUACUGAUCUGUCUCCCAAGUACCAGUGCAGGUCGGUGGACUACCUGUGUUCCCCGCAGCUGGUGAAGAAGGCCCCUCCCCCCAGACCAUGUCAAGAGAGGCCAACCCUCAAGCCCCGCCCCCCAUCAGAGUCCUCAGCCCGGCCGCCGACCGCCCAGAAACCUCAAGUGCCCCCUAAACCGCCACACCUGCUGGCCCUCGGACAGGACAAGAAGCCCAAGAGGAUCCCCCCCGCGCCGUCGAGGCCCCUGCCGGCGCCCCCUCCGCCCCCCAAACCAAAGCCUGUGUUGACAGCUCCUGUCCAGGGUCCUCAGACACAGAGAGAAGCCCAGAAGGUCGGGCUGCUCAUCGAGAAGUUUGAGAGCUCAAGGGUCCCUAUCCUGGGGGUGGUUCCCAGGAGCCAGCUGCAGCUGUGUCUGAAGAUGGAGCUGGUCUCUGACGCCUCGGCCCCCCGCGGUCAGAGCCCCGCCGGCUCCACGGGGGCCCAGGACGACUCCGGGGACGCCUCCUCCCUGCUGGACAAGCUCUCCCUGGGCCACUCAGAGCGGGCCGACGAGGAGGCGGAGCUCUCGCGCCUGGCCUCGUUGCCCGUCGCCGACGGCAACGAAGACCUGGCCCUGGAGGAGGAGGUGGACGUGCCCGGCGUCAUGGUGUGCCUCCAGCGGGCCGAGCUGCGGGAGGGGGAGGAGCUCCGCGGCCUCCCCCCGGACUCCUCGGAGCCCAGCGGCAGCGGGAAGGUCCCCAACCGGGACAGCGGCAUCGACAGCCCGUCCUGCACGGUGGAGGGCGAGGUGUUCCCCAACGAGGACGCCAUCGACGAGGAGGACCGCUACGACAGCGUCACGGAGACGGAGACCAGCGUGUCCUGCUGCGUCACCCUGGGCAACAAGCGGGACUCCACGCAGGACGAGGACAGCGACCUGGACGAGGGGAGCUGCGGGGAGGCGGAGGGGGCGGAGAAGACGGACGCGCUCUCGGAGGCCCACAGAAGCCCCGAGGCCCAGAGGCUGCUGAAUAUCGCCAGGGAGCUUCUCCACACGGAGGAGGCCUACGUCAAGAGACUGAACCUCCUAGACCAGGUAUUCUGCACUAAGCUGACCGAGGCGGCCAUCCCCCAAGACGUGAUCACAGGCAUCUUCUCCAACAUCUCCUCCAUCUACUGCUUCCACCACAAGUUCCUCCUCCCCGAGCUCAAGACACGCAUCAUCGGGGAGUGGGAGUCUAAUCCUCGUAUCGGAGACAUCCUCCAGAAGCUGGCGCCCUUCAUGAAGAUGUACGGAGAGUACGUGAAGAACUUUGACCGGGCAAUGGACCUGGUCAAUACAUGGACACAGCGGUCCUCCCUUUUUAAGAGCGUGGUCCAGAACAUACAGCAACAGGCCGUGUGCGGGAACCUGACGCUGCAGCACCACAUGCUGGAGCCCGUCCAGAGGAUCCCGCGCUACGAGCUGCUCCUCAAGGACUACCUGAAGAAGCUGGCGGACGACGCGGCCGACAGGAAGGACACAGAAAAGGCACUGGAGCUUAUCUCUACAGCAGCUAAUCAUUCUAACGCGGCAAUCAGGAAAAUGGAGAAGAUGCAUAAGCUGCUGGAGGUGUAUGAGCGUCUGGGGGGCGAGGAGGACAUCGUGAACCCGGCCAACGAGCUCAUCAAGGAGGGCCACAUCAAAAAGAUGUCGGCCAAAAACGGCACGGCGCAGGAUCGAUACCUCUACCUGUUCAACAACAUGGUGCUCUACUGCGUGCCAAAGCUCCGGCUGAUGGGGCAGAAGUUCAGCGUCAGGGAGAGGAUCGACAUCGCUGGCAUGGAGGUGCAGGAGAUUGUGAAGCAGAACCUCCCACACACGUUUGCCAUCAUCGGCAAGCAGCGUUCUCUGGAGCUGCAGGCCCGGACAGCCGAGGAGAAGGAAGAUUGGAUACAGGUGAUCCUGGCCACUAUUGAGAGGCACAAGCAGAACAGCGAGACCUUCAACAAAGCCUACAACAGCUCCUUCUCCCGGGAGGACGACCACCAGCCUGACUCACCGGGGCCAUGGACCAACACAUCCAUGGACUCAGAUGGUGAACGCCUGCAUGAAAGGAAGAGUUCCAGGAAGAAGGACAAGGAGAAGCAGACUUGCAAGGGCUGCAGCGAGAGCUUCAACUUCACCAAGCGAAAACACCACUGCAAGUCUUGUGGAGCGGCCAUCUGUGCAAAGUGUUCCAAGAGUCUGGACAACAAGACCAGCCGUGUGUGUCCAGAGUGCUUCGACGCCAGCGUCAGCCUGGAGGGCUUCUUGGCGUGCGGCGACCAGAAGAGGAAAGCGGCUCCAGAGAGACAGACCUCGCUGACGGGGGAGAACUGCCUGCUGUGUGGCUACCUCCAGCUGCAGGACAAGGGGAAGAGCUGGAGCAAAAUGUGGGCUGGGGUCGCCAAGGCUGAGCCCCUGGUGCUCUACCUGCAGAGCAGUGGACAGGACAUGAAGGGCGCGCGGGCGGUGCCGCUGCCCGGCUUCGAGGUGACCGUGGUCUCACCGCCGCUGUCCGACAAGUCGGACGCCAAGCACGCCUUCCGGCUGACCCACGCCCCGCAGACGCUCGUUUUCGCCGCGCACGACGGCGAGCUCCUCGCCAAGUGGGUGGAGCUCCUCACCAAAGCCUCCCGCGGGGAGUCCCCCACGGACGGGGCCGGGGCCACUCAGACUGACCACAGGAAGAGCCAAUAGGAGUGGCCCA